CCCGCGGGCUGGGACCAUGGGCUGUUUCUUCUCCAGGAGGCGGAAGGCUGACAAGGAGUCGCGGCCCGAGGGCGAGGAGGAGCUGCCGAAGCAGUACAGCUGGGACCAGCGCGAGAAGGUUGAUCCGAAAGACUACAUGUUCAGUGGACUGAAGAAUGAAACAGUAGGUCGCUUACCUGGGAGAGUGGCAGGACAACAGUUUCUCAUUCAAGACUGCGAGAACUGUAACAUCUAUAUUUUUGAUCACUCUGCUACAAUUACCAUUGAUGACUGUACUAACUGCAUAAUUUUUCUGGGACCCGUGAAAGGCAGUGUGUUUUUCCGGAAUUGCAGAGAUUGCAAGUGCACAUUAGCCUGCCAACAAUUUCGUGUGAGGGAUUGUAGAAAGCUGGAAGUCUUUUUGUGCUGUGCCACUCAACCCAUCAUUGAGUCUUCCACGAAUAUCAAGUUUGGCUGUUUUCAGUGGUACUACCCUGAAUUAGCUUUCCAGUUUAAAGAUGCAGGGUUAAGUAUCUUCAAUAAUACAUGGAGUAACAUUCAUGACUUUACACCUGUGUCAGGAGAGCUCAACUGGAGCCUUCUUCCAGAAGAUGCUGUGGUUCAGGACUAUGUUCCUCUACCUACUACUGAUGAAGAGCUCAAAGCUGUCCGCAUUUCCACAGAAGCCAAUAGGAGCAUUGUUCCAAUAUCCCGAGGUCAGAGACAGAAGAGCAGUGAUGAAUCAUGCUUAGUGGUAUUAUUUGCUGGUGAUUACACUAUUGCGAAUGCCAGGAAACUAAUUGAUGAGAUGGUUGGUAAAGACUUUUUCCUAGUUCAGACAAAGGAAGUGUCCAUGAAACCUGAGGAUGCUCAAAGGGUUUUUCGAGAAAAAGCACCUGACUUCCUUCCUCUUCUGAACAAAGGUCCUGUUAUUGCCUUGGAGUUUAAUGGAGAUGGUGCUGUAGAAGGAUGCCAACUUAUUGUAAACGAAAUAUUCAAUGGGACCAAGAUGUUUGUAUCAGAAAGCAAGGAGACGGCACCUGGAGAUGUAGACAGCUUCUACAACUUUGCUGAUAUACAGAUGGGAAUAUGAAGUGCAACGUGGAACCAAGGACUUGGUAUUAAGCCCUUUCCAACUUGUGCACAUAGAAUUUGAUAAUAUACUUUCAUGUAUUAGCAAUGGCUUUUACUAAUGCUAAAAUUGUUAACAUUUGUUUUUUAAUAAAUUGUUGAAUAUUGCAUCAUUUA